GUGAUCAUUUGAAGAUCUGUCCUCAGGGUUAUACAUGCUGCUCUCAAGAAAUGGAAGAGAAGUACAGCCUGCAAAGUAAAGACGAUUUCAAAAGUGUGGUCAGCGAACAGUGCAAUCAUUUGCAAGCUGUCUUUGCUUCCCGUUACAAGAAGUUUGAUGAAUUCUUCAAAGAACUACUUGAAAAUGCAGAGAAAUCCCUGAAUGAUAUGUUUGUGAAGACAUAUGGCCAUUUAUACAUGCAAAAUUCUGAGCUAUUUAAAGACCUCUUCGUCGAGUUGAAGCGCUACUAUGUGGUGGGAAACGUGAACCUGGAAGAAAUGCUAAAUGACUUCUGGGCUCGCCUCCUGGAGCGGAUGUUCCGCCUGGUGAACUCCCAGUACCACUUUACCGAUGAGUACCUGGAAUGCGUGAGCAAGUACACCGAGCAGCUGAAGCCCUUUGGAGACGUCCCUCGGAAGUUGAAGCUGCAGGUUACUCGUGCAUUUGUAGCAGCCCGUACGUUUGCCCAAGGCCUAGCAGUUGCAAGAGAUGUAGUGAGCAAAGUCUCCGUGGUAAACCCCACAGCCCAGUGUACUCAGGCCCUUCUGAAGAUGAUCUACUGCUCCCACUGCCGAGGCCUUGUAACUGUGAAGCCGUGUUACAACUACUGCUCAAACAUCAUGAGAGGCUGUUUGGCCAACCAGGGCGAUCUCGAUUUUGAGUGGAACAAUUUCAUAGAUGCUAUGCUGAUGGUUGCAGAGAGGCUAGAGGGUCCCUUCAACAUUGAAUCAGUCAUGGAUCCCAUCGAUGUGAAGAUUUCUGAUGCUAUUAUGAACAUGCAGGAUAAUAGUGUGCAAGUGUCUCAGAAGGUUUUCCAGGGAUGUGGACCCCCUAAACCCCUCCCAGCUGGACGAAUUUCUCGUUCCAUCUCUGAAAGUGCCUUCAGUGCUCGCUUCAGACCACAUCACCCUGAGGAACGCCCAACCACAGCGGCUGGCACUAGUUUGGAUCGACUGGUAACUGAUGUCAAAGAAAAACUGAAACAGGCCAAGAAGUUCUGGUCUUCUCUUCCUAGCAACGUUUGCAAUGAUGAGAGGAUGGCUGCAGGAAAUGGCAAUGAGGAUGACUGCUGGAAUGGAAAAGGCAAAAGCAGAUACCUGUUUGCAGUGACAGGAAAUGGCUUAGCCAACCAGGGCAAUAACCCAGAGGUCCAGGUUGACACCAGCAAACCAGACAUACUGAUUCUACGUCAAAUCAUGGCUCUUCGGGUUAUGACUAGCAAAAUGAAGAACGCUUACAAUGGGAAUGACGUGGACUUCUUUGAUAUCAGUGAUGAAAGUAGUGGAGAAGGAAGUGGAAGUGGAUGUGAGUAUCAGCAGUGUCCUUCAGAGUUUGAGUACAAUGCCACCAACCAUGCUGGGAAGACUGCCAAUGAUAAAGCCGACAAUGCUGGUGCCCGACCUGGGGCCCAGUCAUACCUCCUCACUGUCUUGUGCAUCUUGUUCCUGGUUAUGCAGAGAGAGUGGAGAUAAUUCUCAAAUGUUGAGAAAAAGUGUUCAUCAUCAAAAAGUUAAAAGGCAUCAGUUAUCACUUUUAAUACCAUCCUAGUGACUUUGCUUUUUCAAUGAAUGGACAACGAUGUACAGUUUUUACUAUGUGGCCACUGGUUUCCAAAACGCUGACUUUGUUUUUUUCAUUCGGUUUGGGGGGGGUGGGGGAAGGGACUUGUACGUUCAAUUGGUUCCCGCUUACCCAGAAUCAUGUUAAACGUGGCUAACAGUGUAGGUACAGAACUGUAGUUAGUUGUGCAUUUGUGAUUUUAUCACUCUAUUGUUUGUUUGUUUUUUCCUCAUUUUGUUUGUGGGUUUUUUUUCCCCCCAAAUUAUGAUCUCACCUUGUUUCUUACAAGAAAACCAGGGUCCUUUCUUGGCAUGUAACAUGUACGUAUUUCUGAAAUAUUAAAUAGCUGUACAGAAGCAGGUUUUAUUUAUCAUGCUAUCUUAUUAAAAGAAAAAGCCCAACAAGCAGUAAAAUUUCCAUUUAUCCCUGUUAUUUUAGUUGCCUUGUCUGGAGAGAAGUGGAGGUGAUUUUGGUUUUUGUUAUUAUUAUUAUUAAGUUAGGACAGAAUGUGAAGGCACGAGUAGGCUGCUGAGCCACUUGUCAGAUUGUAUUCAAGCAUCAAUGCAACAAGAAGGCUAUAGUGCAUUUAUAUUUGGCGACCAGAAGAGACUGCAGACUACCUAUUUGGGUUGAGUUGAAUUGCCUACGCUAAAAUCACCCACAGGUCCAUUUCUUGAACCGUCUUACACUUACAAUGUAACUCAUUUAGACAACGAUUCUCCUCUGAUGUAGUCUCCUUUGAAAGACGAAAGGCAAUCCAGGAUGUCCCAGUUAUCACAUGUUCACACUUGGGUUUGGGUUUGUUAUUCUCGUUGUUUUAAACCAGGCAAGUUAGCCAGCCACUGUGUGCUAGUUUUCAUGUCCUCACUGACCCUCUUUGAAUUUUUAUCCCAAUGAUAGCAGUAAGAGACCAACCAUCUUAUUUGGUCCCCCUUGUUACAGUGGUCCAGAUUUCAAAGCCAGCCAUAGCCAGGAGCCGCCUGGGAGCUAGCCAGGAUUAGGGUGCAGACUGGGCUCAGGGAUUAGCUGUCAACACAUGAGCAAAAUUUUUGUCCUUGCAUGUGCAUUUGCAUUUGUUCUUGGAAUCCAAGGUGUUUCUUUUUUAUUAUUAUUUUUAAAUAGAGUUUAAGGUGUCUUACUUGAGUCUUUUUCUUAUCCAGCCCCUGUGAUCAGUAAAGCAUAGGAUUUGCAGUGGUUUGCAGCUGUGUACUGCCCAUAUCAGCCAAGAAGCCUGCUUUGGGGGAGAAAUGGCUAUCCAGAUUUUUUUUCUUGUGUUGAUUUUGGGGGAAGGAGGAGUAGGUAAAGCCUAGAUGAUUACAUCUUAGUAGUGACCCUCAGCCACAUGGGUGAAGUGGCAAAGGCCAUACCUGUUGUCCCAGGCCAAAGACCAACAACUGCCUUGGCCCCUUAUAAACCUUUUCCUAUGUCUUUACCAAAUGACAGCUCAUAAAACUCUGAGAAUGUAACAAAUCACUUUAAAAGAAGUUCCCAAAAGUCUUCUGAAAGAGCAAAAUUCUGCAAGUCUCUUCCUGCUUCAGCCAGCCAUUAAGAUCCCGACCAACUCUACAGAAGCUAAAACCCACAGAGAGGUUGUUUGUGUUACUGUUCAAUCUUCAGUUGUAAGAGUAAUUCUCUAUUUUUAUAUUGAAACAUAAUUACUUGAUAGCUCAGGGUCUACAUUUCAUUCAACUUUUUACACCAAAAUCUGCAGAAGGGUCAAAAUAGAAUAUUGGGGGCUGUUGUAAACAGAGGCUUAAUUUUAUUAGAAGUAGCCAGUUAUUUAUUAAAGCAUGAUGUUAAUAAAAUAGGCAUAUUCUG